GCAUCCGAAAUGAAAUUCAUUUGCAGAGGAGUAUCUGUCUGCGUGUUCUUGCUGCUAAUAUCCGUAUGCAUUGCACUACCGAAAAACGUCUCAGAAACAACAGAUGCAGAAACGCUAGACGGUCCACCGUUCCUGGCAGACCUGCGUGACCAGUGCCGCAACACGACCGGAGACGAUAAAACGUUCAACGAGCUCAGGGAACACAUUUCCACCGAUCUUCCGAAAUGCUUUAUGGCUCACGUGAAUAUGGACCAAUUGAAAACGGACACCACAAAGCUGGAGGAGAAGGAAAAGCAGAAACUGUUUGAAAAAAUUUGUGAACAAAUUAAUGAAUCGGUCAGCUGCUUAACUCCAGUCAAAGCUAAGCUGAAAAACUGUCUGGAUGAGGAGGAUGUGAAGAUUAUGGAACAGGUUGUAGCUACAAUACCGGAAGCAUUAAACAUGGCGUGUACCAAUAGUGGCGCUUUGUUGCAAAAAUUCACCGAACCAGCGUAUCGAUCCUGCGCCAUGGAGUUGCCACCGAUGAUAGAGGAGUGCACGAGCGAGCUUCCCGAUAGUAUGGAGAGUCUACCAUUUUCACAAUAUUCCGAAAAGCAGUGCGAAGAAAUCUACAGCAUGAGAGACUGCUUCACGCGAAGAAUCAACGAAUGUGGAGCGACCGGCUACAUGGACUUCUUCAUUCUAUUCUACCGGAAACUGCUCGCCCUAACCCCAUGCAAAUAGUGUGGUAAUGUUGGUCCUUCUGGCCGAAACCGAUACGUCAUGUCUAAUCAUCCACAAGGUGCAAAGGUUCUACUCGGCGCAAACUAAUAAAUACUGUCUUU